AUGGCUCCAGUUGAUGGCAUUCUGGCUCGUCUGAAGGUUCUAUACUCCAAACACCAAGACGAACCGUCACUGUCGGUGCACAGCGUCGCUUUCCUCUCUGUCGCCCUUACUUGCGUCUAUGUGGUGCCUUUCUAUCUUUCUCAUGCCACGCGCCCCUCCCCCAGUCUGAGCCGCGACGCCCCGUCUGUCAUUCGCGCGCGCAUCCGCGCUGUCACGGGCUCAUGUAUCAUUUGCUCGCUCGCCGUCCUGUGGAUCAUUGUCGAAAAGGGCAAUUCUUCCCUCGGCGCCGCACUGUCUCUGUUAGGCUGGUGGCCGAUCGAUCUGGGUGAUAUUGCCCGGACUUUCCUGCUUACCGUGAUCCUCUUCAUCGGUCCGCUGUUCGAGCGCGGCAUUGUUGAAAAUGAAUGGCGUGAUUGGUUCCGUCGCAGCCGGUAUUCCGAAUCCCUGAGUGGCUGGAUCGGGUGGAGGAAUUAUAUCGCUGGCCCUGUUACGGAGGAGGUCAUGUUCCGCUCAGCCAUCAUUCCUUUGCACUUGUUGGCGCACGUCUCGCCUGCCUAUGUGGUCUUCGUCUCCCCGUUGUACUUUGGCAUCGCUCAUAUUCACCACUUGUAUGAGUUCCGCCUCACUCACCCGGAUACUCCGGCUUUGGCGGCGCUGUUACGCUCACUCUUCCAGUUUGGCUAUACUACCAUCUUUGGCUGGUAUGCCACCUUCAUCUACCUGCGAACGGGUUCCUUGCUGGCUGUCAUUCUGGUUCACAGCUUCUGCAACUGGUGUGGCUUGCCCCGUUUCUGGGGCUGUGUCGAGGCCGCCGAGCCGCAAGGUCCACCUAUCACUCGUGGAAAGGAAGACUCUGAUGGGACCGGGCCGUCUUUCAACGAUGGCAGGUUGAGCAUUGGUUGGACUCUCGCGUAUUAUCUGCUCCUGGUGGUCGGAGCGGUCGCAUUCUCCCAGUGUCUAUGGCCCUUGACCCAUUCAUACAAUGCUCUGGUUACGUUUUCGUCGGUGGCAAAAACGGCGACGGCAAAUACCAGCCAGCGAAUGAUUUCGUGA